AUGGUAAGGGAAUACCUCGAAGAUAUCAUUCCACACUGCUACCGGAGCCGUGAGGACGUUCGACUGGAUACAGUGGCGCAGCCCAUUAAAGGUUGCACCAACAUCUGCAACCAAAACACCACGGCAGUAAAGGAAGACAUGAGUGCCUGGCCUACCUUGUGUCCAUUCACCACCAACAUGUGUCUCGGUGAGGAGGUCUAUGAAGAGGUUGUCCACAUCUUUUGUCCACCGAGCAUCGUAAAGAACCUCCUCCUGUGUGGCAUCCAUUCCCAAACGUGGCAUUACAAUGGUAUUCAGUGA